AUUUUUAGAAAGGUGCAAAUGCCACUGGUUGUUGUGUGUGGGAAACCAUCUUCUGGAAAAAGUGCAAUUACUGAUUGCUUCUGUAGAUUCAUUAUGACAAGAAAGUCUCAGGAAAUUGAAGUGGUAUCCGAUAAUAGAAAUGCCUCAUUUACAAGAUCGAUAUACAGAGAUUCUCACAAGGAACGAGAGCAUCGUGCGAUACUAAAAUCAGAGGUGCAACGCUUACUUUCAGAAAAUUGUUUGGUUAUUUGCGAUUCGUUAAAUUACAUCAAAGGUUUCAGAUAUGAAUUGUUUUGUAUAGCAAAAUUGAUGCAAACAACAUACUGUGUUUUGUACUGCGAUGCCAAUGAGGAUAUUUGCCUGCAGCUUAAUCUAGAGAAAAAAAAGGCCGACAGAUACGAAGCAGAUGAUAUAAUGGAAUUGGCGAUGCGUUUUGAAGAGCCCACUGCUACAAAUCGGUGGGAUUGUCCACUUUUUAAGGUUAAAAUUGAGAUUGGUAAUUCAGCUCGUCGAAGAUAUGACUCGAAUUUCGAACAAUGCCUUUGUUUUUUUGGAAUAAAUGAAAAGAAGUUACCUCUGGAGAAUAUGUAUCUUUGGUUAUUCGAGGGUAGAAACUUAUCUGCUAAUGAAAGCACUGAAACUGCGUCACUUAUGCCGGCAGAUUUUCUGCAUACUCUUGAUCAAAUAACUAAGGAAGUUGUAACUAGUAUUAUGCAGCAACAACGGACGGCCUUGCCAGGCGACACCUUUAUUGUACCAAACUGUACUUUGGACGAUGACAAGGUGCGAUUCACAAGACAGCGAUCUUUUGCUGAACUCUCAGGACUGCGACGACAAUUCACCAGUUACAUGAAGGUGCAUCCUUUGAAUGACACGUCUAAAUUUGCUUCGUUAUUUAUUAAUUAUCUCAAUGCAAAUCCUUAAUUUUUAUUGUCUCGGUAGAAAAUCAUUGCUCCUAACAAAAAACACUUCGCUAUAUAUACAUGAAGAUAAAGGUAUCGCGUUUAUAUGCAAACAAUACCGUUUGUAUGUAAGCAAUAUGUAUAGUUGUCCUGGGAAAAACUAUAUGACGUCAUUCUACUUUCCAGACUUUCUGGAUUCUGCCCUGCGGUAACACCAGAAUCU